AUGUCCUGGCUCUUCGGUUACAAUCAACAGAAGCCCACUGUUCCACCGGGCAUGCCGGACGGCGGCUUUGGUAGUGGCCAAGUCGGCGGGGCGGCUCCUGGCGGCGGAAGCGGAAACUCCGGUUCCGGUGGUGGCGGCGGUAAUCCCCCAAACAGUGGCAUGAACAUUGCCAGCGGCAAAAUGGCCGCCUACCAGUUUGACUCUUCCGCCUUGGAGCGAGCCGCCAAGGCGGCCAAAGAGCUGGAACAGAGCCGCUUUGCAAAGGACGCCCUGGAGCUGGUGAAGCACCAGGAGGCUACCAAGCAGCUGGAAAUUCAAAAACAGAUCAAGGAGUACGAAAGUGCCAUGGCCAGCGCCCAGAUCGAGGCUAAGAAGGCGGAACAGGAGCACCGGCGGCGGAUGCUGCAGGAGGAGGCGAAACAGGCGCAGCUGAAAGCGCAGUACGAGGAUCAGCUGGCAAGAAAGCGUUUUGACGACCAGAUUGCACAACAACGAGCCGCCAAUGAGGAGAACAUUCGUCGACAGGAGGAGUCGGUGGCAAAGCAGGAAUCGAUUCGAAGGGACACCCUGGCACAGGAGCUAGACCUGAGAGCGAAGGCCGAUGCGAAGCGCAUUGAGGCGGAGAUUCGCGGCCAGGCGAAGGUGGAACGGGAAAAUCGAGACAUCCGCCUGGAGCAGCUGAAGGCGAAGGCGGCCGAGGAGCGGACCACCAUGCUGGAGGCGAUCGUCACCGCGGGCAACGUCUUCGGCACCGGCUUUCGCGCCUUCGUCACUGACUGGGAGAAGGUGAGCGCCACGGCGGUGGGCAUCUCGCUGGCCGCUGCCGGCAUCUACGGAGCAAAGCACGGCAUCGGCAUCGCCGGCCGCCUGAUUGAGUCUCGCAUUGGAAAGCCCUCCCUGGUGAGGGACACCAGUCGGCUGAACGUGAUCGACGGCCUGCGACAUCCGGUCAAAACGGCGAUGCUGCUGGCGCGAAAGCCUGCCGACGCCCUGAAGGGCGUCAUCCUCGAGCCGACGCUGGAGGAGCGCCUCCGAGACAUUGCCAUUGCCACGAAGAACACCCGCAAGAACGGCGGCCUCUACCGGAACGUCCUCUUCUACGGGCCGCCCGGCACCGGAAAGACGCUCUUCGCGAAGAAACUGGCCGAACACUCGGGCAUGGACUACGCGCUCAUGUCCGGCGGCGACGUGGCGCCGAUGGGCCGCGACGGCGUCACCGCCAUCCACAAACUGUUCAACUGGGCGAACACCAGCCGACGAGGUCUGCUGCUGUUUGUCGACGAGGCGGACGCCUUUCUGCGGAAGCGAGCCUCGGAGACGCUCAGCGAGGAGCUUCGAGCCACCCUGAACGCCUUCCUCUACCGAACCGGCGAGCAGUCGGGUCGGUUCAUGUUGGUCCUGGCCUCGAACACACCGGAGCAAUUUGACUGGGCCAUCAACGACCGCCUUGACGAGCUGAUUGCCUUCAAUCUGCCCACGGCGGCGGAGCGGGAGCGUCUGGUUCGCCUCUACUUUGAUAAGUUCAUUCUGGAGCCGUCGACGAGCCGGCGAAACCGGCUGAAGCUGGACGUCUUCGACUACGGCGAAACUUGCGCGGAGAUUGCCGCCAAGCUGGACGGCCUUUCCGGUCGUGAGAUUGCCAAGCUGGCGGUGGCCUGGCAGGCGGCCGCCUACGCCAGCGAGGAUGGAAUUCUCACCAGGGCGAUGAUGCUCGCCAAGGUCGACGAUGCCAUUGUGCAGCACGAGCGGAAGAUGCAGUGGCAGGCCGAUGAGGAGCGCGUCAAACGGGUGCACCAGAA